UCGCAUUCCCCCUGCCUUAUUAUUAUUCUUGCUGGCGGAUCCGUAUCAGCACGAGACUCCAACACCCCGUCCCGUCCGCCCCUCCUUCUCAGGUCCUGCUGCGCUGACCUGACCCUUGCCCACAACACAAACAUGGAAAACAACAUGGAAAUCGACACAGCGCGCUCGCCAGAGCCUCACCGACUCUCACCAACUACAGAUCCAGGGUCUAUACCGACUCUUGAUGGGUGGAUUGAAAACCUGAUGAACUGCAAGCAGCUCGCAGAGAAUGACGUGCAGCGAUUGUGUGAUCGGGCGAGAGAGGUUUUACAAGAUGAAUCCAACGUCCAACCAGUAAAAUGCCCAGUGACGGUCUGUGGCGAUAUUCACGGCCAAUUCCACGAUUUGAUGGAGCUGUUUCGAAUUGGAGGACCGAAUCCAGAUACAAACUACCUUUUCAUGGGUGACUACGUCGAUCGUGGUUAUUAUUCUGUUGAAACUGUAACACUUCUCGUCUGUCUCAAAAUUCGCUAUCCUCAACGCAUCACCAUUCUCCGUGGAAAUCACGAGUCACGCCAGAUUACCCAGGUGUACGGCUUCUACGACGAGUGCCUUCGCAAAUAUGGGAAUGCAAAUGUCUGGAAAUAUUUUACUGAUCUUUUCGAUUAUCUGCCGCUCACUGCCUUGAUUGAAAAUCAAAUUUUCUGCCUCCACGGUGGCCUCAGUCCGUCCAUUGACACCCUCGACAACAUCAGGUCCCUUGAUCGAAUCCAAGAGGUUCCUCACGAAGGUCCUAUGUGCGAUCUUCUGUGGAGUGACCCCGAUGAUCGCUGUGGCUGGGGAAUCUCUCCCCGAGGCGCUGGCUACACAUUCGGGCAAGAUAUCUCGGAAGCAUUCAAUCAUAACAACGGCUUGACUCUAGUUGCUCGUGCCCAUCAGCUAGUAAUGGAAGGAUACAACUGGUCCCAAGACCGAAAUGUCGUGACCAUUUUCUCAGCACCUAAUUACUGCUAUCGCUGUGGUAACCAAGCUGCUAUCAUGGAGAUUGAUGAACACUUGAAAUACACAUUUCUUCAAUUUGACCCAUGCCCCCGAGCCGGUGAACCGAUGGUUUCGAGACGGACUCCCGACUACUUCCUUUAAAUCAUGAAUAGACUUAAUAUUUCGAAGAUCAUGACUGUUCACUUGUUUUUAUUGCCGGUGUCACUUGGUUCUACAACGAAACGGACCUUGGGUCGGCAGAUAGGUGGCUCGAGGAGAAAAGGGCCAGCCUCUAGAAAUCACGUAUCAAAAUCCUAAUUUACGCAUGUGUGUACGUGUACCUACUAUUCAAUUGUCAUUGAUACCAUACCUUAAAGACACGAAAUCGUCUCUACAUGCAUUGCA